AUGACGGAUCAGCUGCUUUUGAUUGAGGUGUGUUACUUUGAAGUUCUUUCUCAACCAAGGAUUUUUCCAGCGUUUACCGGUUUUGAUCCACUUCCUCGCCUUUUUGGCCUUCGCCGCCAUACCGAACGUCGUCGGCUGCGGUGGGAAAAAAGACAGCAAAGUUUGAAUUUGAAACUAAGCUGCUGUAUAGUCAACUUUUGCCGAGUUCCAAGAUUUACUUGGUUGAGCUGUUCCAAAUGCGACCAUGAUGUUUGUAAACUGACAAAAUGCCAGGAAUCUUCGAAAGGAGGACCCACGGCAAGCAAGAAAAAGGCCAAAGCGUCGAAGAGCAAAAUGGGUAACGUCAAUGCGCCGGCACCCGCGGCGCCAAAGGACGCCGAGGCUGAGGAUCCUAACAAGAAGCCGGAACGGGUCAUCCCUGACAAGCCGCUCGCCGCCGGCACCAAACUCGUCAGCAGUUUGAUCAUAUAAUUCAUUUUUUUCGGCUUGACUUCACCCGGUUCGGCAUUUACAGUGAGUUCAUAUGCAAAGCGGUCUCGUCGCUUUUUUUAAGCCGGUCCAAGUCUGGCUGGGGGACCCAAAGAGGCGUGGUCUGUCUGCGCUCUCCCCUAAACAAGCAGUGUCUCUUUUAUUAUCGUGUCAGGACCCUUUUUUGAUUUCUCAAGCCAGUCAAUCAGCUAUAUAACAACUUUAGAGUCGUUCUUUUACGGAAAUUAUCUUCUCUAUUUAUUUUUCUGCUUUUAUUAUCUUUAAUUAAUUUCAAAGCAGCGGGAAAUUUGAAUCCGCGACAAAAACACGACCGCUUUGCAAACAUACACUGCACAUGCCACAUCCCGUCAUAACAAGCCGAUAAAUUGAGUCUAGUCGUUCCAAUUCCGAAUUUGAGGCGUCAGUGGUACCCGAAGAGACGGAAAAAGAUGCCGAUGGUCCAGUUGUCGUCACGGUGCCCUCGCCGCCUCCUAACUUUGUCAGUUUUUGAGGCAGAAGGCGAUCGGAGAGACGACGGAGAAAUAGAGUGUUUCUAUUCCUCUGACGUCUCUUUGGUGGACGCUGAUCUGUCUCGGAAAGAAAGCGUUUUGGUGGCCGAUUUAGUAUUUGUUUUCUAAAAGAUCCCGAUUUUCGCCUCAUAGUUACAACGCUGAAAAAGCCAAAAAAACCGACAUUUUUUUUUUUUUUAAUCCUGUUUCAAGGCUUAUAAUUAUACUUCAUUAUAUAAAGAAGUAAAUGUCAACAGAUCACCGAAAAAAUUUCCUUAGUCUUCGUCUAUCAUUAUCAAUCUGUUUUCAGGACCUUGACGGCGAUGAUGCGAAGAAUAAAAAGAAGGAUAAUUCGGUGGGUGGCCUUUUUCAUUCCAUCAAUGUUGAUACUUUUUCCAUCUUCAGAAGAAAAAGGACGUAGCGGCGGAUGAAAAGGCGAAGGACCCGAAAAAAGAGAACCCGGUCUCGCCUGGAGAUGGAUCGGUAGCCAAGUAG